AUGCGUGGACCUCCACCUGCUUGGCUUCCUCCUUGUCCGCCUGACAAGGAUCAUGAUUAUGAAAAUAACUAUGAAGAUCCAGAAAACUUACAAAAAAAUAAAGAUAUGUCAAGAGAAUUACUUUUGAACAAUAGUUGUCCUCCACCUAUGUAUAAUUCAUAUGAACUUUCACUUAGUCAACAGAGAAGAAGCAAAGCUUCAACUGCUAAUAUAUCAACAGCACCUUCCAAUGAAGAUUGGCAUUCUGAUGACGGAAAUCAACGCGUACUUCAUAAAAAUUCUGAAGGAACAUAUUAUAUACCCAGCGUAGCUGUAUCAGGUGCUUAUUAG